AUGGGUUGCUGUGGCUGUGGAGGUUGUGGCGGCUGUGGCGGCUGCGGUGGCUGCGGCUGUGGUGGCUGUGGCUGCGGCGGCUGCGGAGGCUGCGGCUGUGGUGGCUGUGGCGGCUGUGGUGGCUGCGGCUGCGGUGGCUGUGGCAAUUGUUGCUGUACCACCUGUACCUGCCGCCGUGUAGGCUGCUGCUCUGGCUGCUGCCCCUGCUGCUGCGGCUGCUGUGGGGGCUGCUGCAGCCCUACAGUGGUCUGCUGCCGCCGCACCUGCUGCUGUGGUGGCUGUGGCUCCUGUGGCUGUGGCUGUGGCUGUGGCAAGGGCUGUGGCUGUGGCAAGGGCUGCUGCCAACAGAAAUGCUGCUGCCAGCAGAAAUGUUGCUGUAAGAAGCAAUGCUGCUGCUAAAAAGGAGUGAUCAGAGCCAGGCCUCCAGGAAUGACUAACUAGGGGCACAUGUACAUUAUGAAGGUAAGAUUUUCUUCUGUCUCUGCUUAUCUCUUUCACUUCUCUCUGUUUUUCCCAUGGGCUGUGGGUCCCUCACACUCUGGGACUUCUGUGAUUGAAGAAUGUUGCUAUUAACAAAGUACUCAAAACAAAGGCAAAAAACUCAGGCCAAAUGAGAUACAUUAAUUAUAUAGAAUUCUAAUAUGUAACUUUUAUUUUUCUGAUAUAUUCCUUUCUAUAUUUAAUCUUUUUUUCCAUAGCCUGUAAAUUUCAUGUUUUUUUUUCCUAUUGCUUUUAAGCUUACAAAGAAAACUAUUGUCAAAUGUUUUA